CCGACCGGGCCACGGUUUGGAAAUGUGACACUAGCAUUAGUCAUGACGUCAUCCAAUGCCUUCCUGUCUCCAUGUCACUCCGCGAAGCCCCUCCAACACCACAGACUUUGGUGUCAUCGGAACGUCGCUGUCUCGUUGUCGCUGCUUCAUUGUAGUAACGGAAUGUCGGCCUAGCCAAGCCAGCGGACAGAAAUGUGUCCUUCCUGCGCACUCUGGUCCAGUCAGUAUUCUUGUUUUCUUGUAACCAUCGCAGCUGGCUUCAUCACUGGAGGCGGUUCCCAUGCGGGCCGGGACAGACCCCGUCAGCUGGUACCUGUCGCCCUGGUGGUCGCACUUGUGUCCGUAUGUACUGUGCCGACAGCAGGCACCACCAGUGAUGACCCCUGUGCUGCAUACACCCCGGAUGUGUGCGCGAGGGAUGACGGGAGCGGGGGCGCGAGGGAUGCCGGGAGCGGGUCGGCUGCAGACUGCUGCAGCUCAUCCACAGCUCAGCCGACCCUCACCUCAACACCUGCCGCCACCGGCUACGAUGCGGGCUGCUCAUCGCCUAGUUUAGUGAUUGUAGGCGCCGCCCCACAGUUCCAGUGUACGGACAUGUACAGACGGGACCGACUACAGCUGUCCUCCAGACUCACGCUCAACUGUUCACAGAACGUCAAGGUGCGGUAUAAUUGGACUCUGGAGUACCUGGUGUUGGCGUCUGGCUCAUCCUACGCUGCCACCGUGCCGGCAGACAUCCCGCUGGACCUGUACGACUUGGUGGUGUCUGCUACUGUCCUGGAGUACGGGAUUCUAGGCCUCAAACUUAUCGCCUCUGUCUGUGGAGAUUCUGCUGACCAGUGCAACAGUACUAGUCUCAGUUUCAUCGCUGACACCGAAGCCCUCGGCUGCUUCAUGAUAGUUCCGUCCGCCUUGGUAGCCCAGUUGGCAGGCGGGAGUUCUCGGUCUGUCCCCAGCGGAAGUGACGUAGUACUGGACGCGUCCCAGUCACAUGAUCCCGACGGAAACGUGACCGGCCAGGAGCUGACAUACAACUGGGGCUGUGAGCUAUCUCGUCAAGACUUGCUUGGAUCUUCCGCCCCUCACCCCGCCUCCUUGCGGAGUAGAGGUGGGAGUGACUGCGGCCUUCCUCCGGGCACACUGGACCUGCAGACGUCCGUACUGGAGGUUAGCGGCGCCGAUCUGCAGCAAGGGCAGGUCUACAGGUUCUCCGUCCUCGUGUCGUACCCAGGGCGUACUUCGUCUGAGAACGCCACACAAACCCUGACAAUACUGCAGCCGGACGUCCCCACAGUACAAAUCAGCUGCAGAUCUAACUGUGACGUGCGCGUCAACCCUUCCGAGCGGCUGGUGUUAGAGUCGGAUUGUACCAACUGUGCGGCGGGGGACAGCCUGACGUAUGUCUGGAGCCUGACUCCCGGCAGUCUGACGGAGACAGUUCAACAGUUGGACUGGGCCAGGACUACUACCGGCAGCACCACAUACUCACUCGGCAUCAAGAGUGGGACCUUUCAGGGUGCUGAGACGUACACCGCGCGUGUGGAGGUGAGCCGAGCCGGAGUGACAGGGUUCUCUGAGUUCGCGUUCACCACCAACACUCCUCCAGCUGCGGGAACGUGCCAAGUCUCCCCCCGGGAAGGCGUCGAACUAACAAGUCUCUUCUCCAUCCAGUGCUCAGGUUUCCAGGACCCGGACACGCCCCUGAUGUACGAGUUCUCCUACCUGACGGGCGGUGAGGCCAUCGCCAGCUUCAGCACCACCGAGCAGGACGACUUCGUCAUCCUCGGGACUUCACCGGAGCCAGCCCUGGAAGGACAAACUUUCCCAGCCGGUUUGGCGUCUCGGAACUAUGCAGUAACUGUCCGAGUCACGGCGAGAGAUUCCCUCGGCGCGGAGACAGCAGUAACCCUCAGUGUGACCGUGAGGAAGAUUGCGGAAGGAGACUUCUCUGACACGGUGAAGAGUCUGAUUCUGGGAGACCAGAGUAAAAUGAGCGAGUCUGCCAGCACAGGAGAUACCCAGGCGGUGGUGUCCCUGGCUACUUCGGUAGGGACAUCUCUGAACGCGAACGCGCAGUCAGCGGCGGGGCAGACGGCGGCCAGCAAGCGGGAGAGACAUACGGUACGUGAAGAGCUUCUGUCGCGGUGGAUCCUGGAGGCAGCCGACACAGUCCGCACGUUAGAGACAGUAGAGCAGGUGGCGUACUGCAUCAGUGCUGUGAGCGCCACUAAGGACGAACUGUCACCAACAUCACAGUUAGGGGGCGCUGCCUCCCUGUCUCGUCUGACGGACACGCUGGUGAAGCGGGCUGACGGAGGUGCAGGCACGGACGCGGUGGAAAACGCAGCAAAAUUCAUCAUAACUGGAUUAGUAAACAUCAUGCAGGCGUCAUCGUUAACAUCGCUGGAAGCCCGCGCUGGUGGGAACGACACCAGCAAGACAGCCGUGCUGAACCAGACCGGGACCGCCUCUACCAGCGUGUUCACUACCCUGCGCAGCUGCACCACGACAGUCUUCAGCAAAAUGACGACCGGACAGGAACCUGUGGUGAUAAGCGCGGAGGGAUACAACAUGGCUUUGCAAAAACUGGAGUGCUCCGGUUUGGGGGGUCUGGUGAUCAGGACGUCAGCAGAGAGCGUGAACUGGUUCAAACUGCCGGAUGACAUCACCUCGGACUUAUACAGCAAUAUCAGUAACUGUGGUGGCGUCAAUACAGAGAUGUCGGGAACAAACGUGAACCCUUACGAGUUCGCGGAGUCCUCCUCCGGCGUGAGCAGUCACGUGGUGAGCCUGUCCCUGCUAGACACGCUGGGUGAGCGGAACGUCAGCAGGCUGAGCCAGCCAAUCGACAUCAUGGUUUCAAGAGGCGCCUCUUUGGUUCAGUCCGAGAGAGCAGCGACCGCACCUGUCGGCUCUGGGCGGCUCAGCGUACACAAUGUAACUUCGACGUUCAGUGGGAUGUCGGGAAACUCCAUCUUCAUUCACAUUGAGCCGCUGCUGUCCGGUUUCCCCAUCCACUUGUACCUCAAGAACGGUGUCAACGUUUCCAACGACGACCAUGAUAUGAACAUCAGCCUCCCAGUAAACGCCGCCUGGCGAUAUUCGGUAGAUCUGCCCGACAGGACGGAGAGUUCGGACGACCACACUUGGCUCAUUCAGCCGGAAGACCUGUUGAGCUUUAAUGGUUCAGAAUGGUUCCUUGGGGUGGCUCAUGACGUGCCAACAGACACAGGCACCAUCACCGAUUCUGACGGACAGACCGUCCAGCCUAGCGACUUCAUGCUGAACUACACCAUCACAAUCUUCUCCAGUACCUGCCUGUACUUCGAUGACGAUGAAGCCGUUUGGAAGGGAGACGGAUGCAAGACGGGACAGCUGACCACGCCCUACCGGACACACUGCCUCUGCGACCACCUGACGCCCUUCGCCUCCGGCUCCAGCUUCUUCGUGGCGCCGAACUCCCUGGACAUAGUCGCCUCGAUCCUGGCCUUCAGCAACAUCGGCAGCAACCCUGCCGUGGUCAUCACACUGGCAGUCAUCGUGGUCCUGUAUGUGCUGGUCGUCAUUUGGGCGCGCAGAAAAGACAGGACGGACCUGGAAAAGGUGGGCGUGACUGUGCUACCAGGGAUGACAGAGUACCGACAUCGCUACAUCGUCACGCUGUAUACUGGCUUUAAGAGAUUUGCCGGAACAACUGCCAAGGUCGCCAUAGUUGUUACAGGUGAAGAUGGACAAAGCGAGCCUCAUCUCCUGACGGAUCCCACACGCCGUGUGUUUGAGACAGCUGGUGUGGACUCUUUUCUUUUGACAACUGCCCAGUCCAUGGGGCCUCUGUCAUCUGUACACGUCUGGCACGACAACUCCGGUGACAAACCCUCUUGGUUCCUAGACCAGAUCACUGUGUUUGACCUGCAGCAGGAGCAGAAAUAUGUCUUCAUGUGCAACAGGUGGCUGGCCGAAGACGAUGACGAUGGUUUGAUAGAGCGUCACGUUCCCGUGGCGUCUGAGAUCGAUCUGAAAGACUUUUACUACGUCUUCUCCAACAGGAUGUCCAAAGAUUUAAGAGAUGGGCACCUGUGGUUCUCCGUGGCAGGGCGGCCUGUCCGCAGCUUGUUCACGCGUGUCCAGCGCGUGUCCUGCUGCCUGGCCCUGCUGCUCUGUACCAUGGUCGUCAACAUCGCCUUCUUCGGCGUGGCGGACUCUGCUGCGCAGAACACGGAGGAACAAUUUGACGUGGCAGGAUUCACCUUCACGUGGACAGAGCUCAUGAUCAGUAUCCAGUCCGCCCUGAUUGUUCUCCCCAUUAACCUGAUCAUUGUGCAGAUAUUCCGCAACUUGAAGGUCCGUCCGGGCCCGGCUGAGAAGGAAGCUCUACGUAUUUCGUCCGGGAAAAAACGUAUUGAGGGUGCUGCAGAAACAAGCCACAUGGAUGAUGUCUGUGAAGUAAAGGCAGCGACCGAGGACGCUCAGAUGUCCACAUACUCCUCCCGGUUCAUGGUGAGUGAGGUCGACAUUUCUAGCGUGUAUGGAGAGGAUGAGAUGGAGACGAUACAAGAGCUGCCCACACAGAAUCCUGUGCCAACUCACCCGCACACGCCAGACCCGCCGCCAGCAGAAACCUCUCUGUGUGGUGAUCAGAACAGCGUCCAGACGGCAGAUGAGGUCGUUAUAAGAUGCAAAAGUUUGCCGUCGCUGAAGAUACGUGUUCGCUCUGCCAAAGCCCGAAGCCUAACCCAAACAGAGAACUAUGCAGAUAACACCAAGGAAGUAGCCCAGGGGGCGGAGGAUCUGGACGGCAUCACAAACAUGGAGACAGAUCUUGAUGAAUGGAAUGAUGAACAGAAAACUCCAGGCAAAGCGCCACGAUUCCGCCAGAUCAUGGAACAGAACAAGGCUCUCCUCAGAAGUGAGAUCAUCGCUGAGAGAACCCGGCUUGUUGAGCACCUUGUCGCCAGAAACACUCUGACCGCGCUAGAGAAGGAAGCCAUUCAAACUCUGUCUCAGAAAGAGACGGAGGAGAAGGUUAACACUUUCCUAUUGGCGAGGAUAGAGCGACAGGACGAAGGCGCGUUCUCCAACUUCUGCUCCGCGCUGACGCACGGGGCAAGACAGGGGUACUUGUCGGAACUGCUGAAGGCCGGAGACAGAGAGGACCUACCAGCACUGCUAGACUACCUGUAUGAGGCAGCCCUUCACAUUGCCGGCCGGCCAACAGCCGACAUCAUGUGGAGAGUCUUCCCCCGCCAUCUUGGUCUAUCGGAUGAUGCCAUUGAAACAUGUCACCGCCAGAAUCGGUUCCUGCAGCACAAGGUCCUGCACUGUCUUGUUGUAUGGUACAUCAACCAGACCAAGACGAUGUCGCCUCCAGAAGUCAUCGACUGCCUUAAUUCCGUUCACGAGAAAACGAAGUGUUCGUGCAAAGAGUUUUGGAUAUGGGAAGUUAACGAGAAGAAAGGAGUACCUGUAAGCGCAGUCGUUGAUGCUAUUGAACCAGCUGUGGCAACAGAAGCAUGCCAUCUGAAGCCACCGCACAGAAAUGAGGAGGAUGGGACCAGGUCCAAGAGAGAAGAAACAAAGGGCACCAGUGAUGCUUCAACAUCUGUCUCCUUCGACGAACUUGACCUUGACAUGCCGCCUAGACCACAUUCAGCUGGACAGGUUCUGACCACGGCAAGGCAGAGGCAUUUUGGUCAGCCCAGUCUUGGAUCCAAUGGCAAGAGCCAACCUUCAUCACUGUCCCACAUACCAUCAAGCUACAAAGCCAUUCAGCGUGGGCCAUCCCUGUGCUCAUCUCGGGAAGACACCGAUGGGUUUUUCGAGAUUCAGUUCAGUGAACCUGGCGAUGGGAUAGACGAUGAAGCAGGACCUGACGUGGGACUAAAUACGGUGGAAUUUAGGGACCUUCUGGAAAGUGAAGGCCAUACAACAUCGUCGGUUACCAGCAGCACAGGAAAGAAGAAGGAACAGUGUCUUCUGCCGUGGUGGUUUCUGUAUAUUGGCUGGUUCCUGGUGCUGGCGGUGUGCACGGUUUCCGCCUUCUUCACGCUUCUGUACGGGAACAGCUACGGCAAGAGGAAGGCAGAGGCCUGGCUGCUGACGUUUUUCACGUCCUUUCUGUUGGACGUCGUCGUUCUGCAGCCGGUCAAAGUGCUGGUGGUGGCUGUCGCACUCGCCGCUAUUGUUAAGAGUGUAGACACCGGGGACGAUGACGCCGUGGCAGCAAGGCUCCGAGACAAUGAAGAAUAUCUGCACAUGUCAGCUGGGCAGGACGCCAACAUCGAACGCCCAAAGCCACCCCUGGCCGACCCACAGAAACUGGCUGCGGCCCGCGAGCUGCGCUCCAAACAACGUCAGAUGUACUCUGUGAUGGUGGAGGUUAUCUUCUAUCUCCUGUUCGUGUGGGUCGUUGUUUCCGUUGCUAACGGCCACAGGUCCGAAUCCGCCUUCUACCAGAACAAUGACGUCAGAGAGAUCUUCCUGGCCCCGCCUACUGAGGACGAUGGUUUUGAAGAGAUUGGAGAGCUGGAUGACUUCUGGACCUGGCUGGAGGAGGGUCUGAUCCCCGGCCUGACGGAGACCUGGUACAACGGCGACACCGUCAGCAACAGCGCCUUCACGGCUGGGCACGUCCACUACCUGGUGGGGGUGACCAGGCUCCGAGAACUGGCCGCCUUCGCAGGCGUCUUGGGACGUUUAAGGGGAUGGAGAAGUUUAAGGGGAUGGAGAACGCUUCUUCGCGAUUUUGGGCCAGAUUGUUAUACUGGGAAUGUCCUUUAA